CCGGCUGGUGGUGCGGGGUCCGUGCUGUAGUUGGUGGCUGGGAAGUGACACAUUGCCGGAGAUGGCUCGCAAUGCGGAGAAGGCUAUGACAGCUUUGGCGAGAUUUCGCCAGGCUCAACUUGAAGAAGGCAAAGUCAAGGAACGAAGGCCAUUUCUUGCUUCUGAAUGUAAUGAACUGCCAAAAGCGGAGAAAUGGAGAAGACAGAUUAUUGGUGAAAUCUCAAAGAAAGUAGCACAAAUUCAAAAUGCUGGCCUUGGGGAGUUUAGGAUUCGAGAUUUAAAUGAUGAAAUAAAUAAGUUAAUCCGAGAGAAGGGACAUUGGGAGGUCCGCAUUAAAGAACUGGGGGGUCCUGAUUAUGCACGUAUAGGUCCCAAAAUGUUGGACCAUGAAGGGAAAGAGGUCCCAGGAAAUCGUGGUUACAAGUAUUUUGGAGCAGCCAAAGAUUUGCCAGGCGUGCGUGAGCUGUUUGAAAAAGAGCCUGCUCCCCCACCUCGGAAAACGCGUGCUGAACUGAUGAAAGAUAUUGACGCUGAGUAUUAUGGAUACCGGGAUGAAGAUGAUGGUGUGCUGGUACCUUUGGAACAAGAAGAAGAAAAAAGAGCCAUUGCAGAGGCCAUAGAAAAAUGGAAAGCAGAGAAGGAAGCACGCCUUGAAUCUGGUGAUAAAAAUGAAGAGGAGGAGGAAGUCAAUAUUUAUGCAGUGACAGCUGAUGAGCCUGGAGACGACAGUGACUCUGACAAAGAAAUGGAUGAAGGACAGCAGAAGUUUAUUGCUCAUGUACCAGUACCAUCUCAGAAAGAGAUUGAGGAAGCUCUGAUCCGACGAAAGAAAAUGGAACUCCUGCAAAAGUAUGCCAGCGAAGCCCUAAUGGCACAGAGUGAAGAUGCCAAGCGACUUUUAGGCAUAUAA